AUGAUUAAAAUAAAAUAUUGCACAGAUAUAGAUCGUUCUGUGUUACUGAGUAACUUCGAAAAACGUGGAUGGAUACAUGUAGGCCCUGAAGACGAAUGGCAUUUCUAUUGGACUAGUUUACAAACUUGUCGUUGUUUGUUUAAUGCUGACAAAAAUUAUAGAUUGAAAGACGAUCAGAUAAUAAAUCAUUUCCCAAAUCACUAUGAACUCGGCCGAAAAGAUUUACUUAUAAGAAAUAUCAGACGUUAUCGCCGUGAAUUGCUAAAAAGUGGCACAUCUAUUGCAAAAUGCGUCCGUGGUACAUUUUUGUACUUGGAUUUUAUUCCUUCAACUUACGUACUACCCGUUGAUUAUAAUUUAUUCUUAGAAGAAUAUCGCAAAAAUCCAAGUACUUGGAUUGUGAAACCAUGUGGAAAAUCCCGAGGCUCAGGGAUAUUUCUAAUAGACAAAUUGUCUCAAUUAAAGAAAUGGUCAAAAGAAAAAAAAUAUCGUAAAAAUGCAUCAAUUAAAAAAGAAACUUAUAUAAUAUCCAGAUACAUCGAAAAUCCUUUGUUGAUAAGUGGAAAAAAGUUUGAUUUACGUCUUUAUGUUUUGGUUACAUCAUUUCAUCCAUUAAAAGCAUAUUUGUUUAAAUUUGGGUUUUGUCGUUUCUGCAGUGUAAAAUAUAACGCACAUUUGAUGGACAUUAAUUGUUUAUUUGCUCAUUUAACGAACGUAUCAGUACAAAAAGAAGGCGACGACUACAAUAAUAUCCAUGGAGGUAAAUGGUCCACCGAAAAUCUAAAAUUGUACUUAACCAGUACACGAGGUGAAAAACGUACUCGUAAACUGUUCGAUGACAUAUCAUGGAUAAUUGUGCACUCGUUGAAGGCUGCUCGUAGUGUCAUGUCUCAUGAUACACAUUGUUUCGAAUGCUAUGGCUAUGAUAUUAUUGUGGACGAAGACCUCAAACCUUGGUUGAUCGAAGUGAACUCGUCACCGUCGCUCACGUGUACAACUUCCAGUGAUCACAUACUGAAAUCAAAACUUAUCGACAGCAUCGUGUCCGUUGUUUUGCCAUCAUCAGGUCGGUACCACCACUUUGACAAAUAAAGAGUGUCUACAAAAAUACUUUGAAAAAAAACAAUAUAUUUUUGUAUCCCUUUUAUAUUUUUAAUUCAUAAGUAUUUAUUACCUACAACACACUUACACACGGUAAUCGUAGACAAUAUUAUACUAUGACUAUUGACUAUAUGUUUAUAUUAUAGACUCUAUAUAGAUAGUGUAUAUUAUACAGGGUUAUAGUGUAACAGAAAAAUCGGAAAAAAAAUGAUGCUAGUUAAACGUAUGACAACAAUUAAUAAAAUUAUGAAGAUUAUAAUGAUAAAAAAUAAUUUAAAAAUAUAAUCAUAUUAUCAAUAUUUAAAAAAAAAUACGUUUUAAAAAAACUACAAAAAAAUAUUGAUAUUUUAAAAAUUCUAAAAAAUAAAUUACUUGACUUAGAUAAAUGUUUUUACCAUCAAAAUCGUUCUUAUAAUCAGAUUUAUAAAAAGGCAAUUUUGAAAAUUUCCAAAAUAAUUUGAAUCAAUUUUUUACAAUUUUUAUUUUCAGUUUCAAGAAAUAAAAAUAAAAACAUUUAUAUUAUAUACUAGCUGAAUCCGCUGAAACUUUACCCGUUAAAUGUACCAAUUCUAUAUAACUCAAACUUUGUUCAAUUCGUUAUUUAAUAUUCGGUGUAUGGUGUAUAGUGUUCAAAAUUUAUCUUAACUUUUCUGUUGCCCGGAGUACAAACUCCACAGAAACCAUUUAAAUAUCAAUCUUAAUAUGUCCUGAAAUUUUUAUCGAAAUCGGUUUGGUGUAUCUUGAGUUAUAAAAUGUAUUCAAAAUAUACACUUAUUUAUAUAUAUACAGAUAUAUAUAGAUAUAGCGUAAGUGUUAUACAUUUUAUAAGAUAAAUUAAAUAUUGAUUAGAUUGCAUUAGUCAGUUUUUUUUGUUAUACACUCUGUGACUUAGGCACAUAUAUAAUAAAAAGUAUUAAAAUUAAGGGGAUUCGAUACCGUGAUUUUCUGUUUUUGUCUAACACACGCGCGACAUAGUAUU